CCCGCGGUCGUUCACACGAAUCCUAUUGGUCUGCCGUCGCUGGAGCAGCGUAUGUAGCGGAGUGUGCAAGCGAGCCCCGGGCGGAAAGAGGGGAGGGGCUUUUGGAUUCCACAACAACACCGGCGCGAGUGAGACAGUAGAGAGGAGAGAGAAUGCGGCAGAAGGAGAGCGCAGACAGUCAGCGGCCGUCUCUGGGAGAAAGGAGAUAGAGACGGAUUCACACUUCUCUUCUUCCCUGCUUCCUUCUCCUGCACUUGCUUUUUUUUAUCACUCCACUCCCACAGUUUUGUCUGUGCCGACCUGUUCUGCUGAUUCAGUGUCUCUCUGCAGCCUUUAUUCUUCUUCUUCUUCUGUCUCUGCGUGUCCUCACCUAUACCUGACAGCGAGCUCCUCUCCACCUCCCCUUCCCCCCCCCCCCCCCCCCUGUUUACUUUGAUCUCUCAUCUCCUUGCACCUCCUUCUCCUACAUCUAUUGCCUCUUGGCGUGAGGGUGCCGGUGCUGGAGGGGCUCUGGGGUCCAGAUCUCAGUAUGCGGGACGCCGGUCUCGGCGUUGGGGUCGAAGCCGGCGUCUGUCUGGAUGAGGCUCCUCACUCGCCGGUCUGGGGUCCUCUCAGGACGCCUCCUAUUACCUGUGGAGGCUUGUCGCUGGCCCUGGAGCUUCCCGCUCUCAUACGGCAGCUCAGGGCGGCGUGGAGGGCUCGCAGGGGAGGCCCCCGGGGGCCCGAGAGAAGCACUUGGGUGGAGUCAGACAAGGAAGAGGUAGAGGAGGUGAAGCAGGACAUAGAGGACAGGAGCGCUCACCUGGAAGCUGAUGGCAGACUGAACACCGGUCAUGCUGGCGUGCUGCUGGUCGAGCGACGAGGCUCCUACCCGCUGAUUGACCUACGAAUCCUCAAAAUUCCAGCCAGUGCCCAGCAGGGAGAGGUAGAGGCCGGCAGGAGGAAGGUGAAGCGUCAGCUGAGCUUUCAGAGAUACUGCCACGCCUCCAGGCUGCUCAGGGGUUUGGUGCCUCACACCCCCGGGUCACUACAUCUACUGGACGACGAUUACCUGGGACAAGCUGGUCACAUGCUUUCAAAAGUAGGCUCAUGGAACUUUGACAUUUUCCUCUUCGAUCGUCUUACAAAUGGUAACAGCCUGGUGACUCUGAUGUGCCAUCUCUUCAGUGUCUACGGGCUUGUUCACCACUUCCAGCUGGACAUGAUCAAGCUGCACAGGUUUCUCGGCAUGGUGCAGGAGGACUACCACUCCCAGAAUCCCUAUCACAAUGCUGUUCAUGCUGCUGAUGUCACUCAAGCCAUGUACUGCUACCUGAAGGAGCCCAAGCUGGCAGAGCAGCUGAAUCCCCUGGACGUGUUUCUGGGUCUGACGGCAGCAGCCGCCCACGACGUGGACCAUCCUGGAGUCAACCAGGCCUUCCUCAUUAAGACCAGACACCACCUGGCGUCCCUCUACCAGAACACGUCUGUGCUGGAGAGUCACCACUGGAGAUCCACUGUGGGCAUGCUGCGAGAGUCAGGACUGCUGUCCCACCUGCCUGCUGACAUGUCGCAGGACAUGGAACAGCAGCUGGGCUCUCUCAUCCUGGCUACAGACAUCAGCAGGCAGAACGAGUUCCUGUCCACCUUCAGAGAACAUCUGGAUAACCAGGACCUGGACCUUCAGCUCGCCUCACACAGGCACUUUAUACUGCAGAUUGCUCUGAAGUGUGCAGACGUCUGUAAUCCAUGUCGCGUUUGGGAGCUGAGCAAACAGUGGAGUGAGAGAGUGUGUGAGGAAUUCUACAGGCAGGGUGACCUGGAGAGAAAGUUCGACAUGGAGAUUAGUCCUCUGUGUAACCAGCAGGCGGACUCUGUCCCAGCUAUUCAGAUCGGGUUCAUCUCCUACAUCGUGGAGCCUCUGUUUGAGGAGUGGCACCGCUUCACCAAGCCCAGCCCGCUCAGCCGGACCAUGAUGGGUCACCUGCACAAGAGCAAGGCCGGCUGGAGCCGCCUGCGAUACGCAAACACACCCUCAGACACGCAAACACACCCACACACCGAGGAGCCCGAGCCUGGAGGAGGAGGAGGAGAGGGGGAAGACAUCCCUUAAUCUUCCUCUUGUUUCUUGAGGCGUUUGAUCUCCCUUGAUAAAGGGAGGAGAGGAGUGUCCUCCAGGAGUGUCCUCCAGCACAUUUUCCUCCCACCGCUGGUUGUUUCACAGGCUCUGAAAGUAGGAGCACUGGAUGGGAGUCUGGCUUCACUUCAUGAUACACAUCUCCCUCUACUGGAGCGGAGGACUGUAGCACUGCAGGGGGGGGGGGGGGGAAGAAGACAGCGAGAGACUAAUGUUUGGGCAGUGGAUGGAUAAUCUUGCCUCGCUCUUUACCCCGGUGAUAUCUGCUUCAAAGUAUCUGGGAAAUGCAGGGAUUGAUAGUUUAUAGCUGAUGGCAGACGAGGGAUCAAUGAAGACGAGUAUUAAAGUGUUUGCACAGUGCUGCUAGAACAAUAAUGAAACUGAAAAGCCAAAAUCAUAUACAAGUCAGCUGGACUGCGCUGGAAACGAUGACAUAAAAAUGAAAGAAAAGGAGUAAUAUAUCUACUAUACUAUGCUUUUUAAACUUUUAGACAAUGCACUCUAUUAAGCUCUUUUCACUUUUCCUCAUUUUGUAAAGCUUGCACUUCUAUUGGAUGCUCUUUCAUACAAGUGUCUCACUUGUAUACUUUUCACCGAAGAGCAUUUUUAACUCACUAAGUAUGUCACGGUACUGCAAACUCUACAAUGUACUCUGUUUUUUCUGUGUCACGGUGAACGGACCGAUACAAUAAGAGUCUCUGAGUGGCUUGAUGUCAGCUGGAUGUUUUGUUGGACAAACCUGGAGCCAAUUUUCCAAAGUGUUUUGUGUUUUGUGUAAUGUUAUUAACAAUAUAAUAUGUACAAACUGUGAUGUACAACCUCAGCACUUCACAUGCCAAAAAAAUCUCAGCAAUGUAUUAACCUUUUUACUGGAAACAUAACACAUGGUGUUACCUCUGUAACAGCUCAACGGGAGCAUUUAUCUAUCUGACAACCUCACUUUACAAGCUCAUAUACAACAAAGCCUUAACAGCAACUCGGUCUGUCUGUGAAACGCAUUGUGUAAUGGGGGUUUUACCAUUUUCUGGACAAGCUUUCUUACACCUACAGCUGUUUUUCUUCAGCCACCAGCAUACUGAAAUACUCUUCUCAGUAAUGUACCCACUUGCUUCCUGUUUGAUCUUUUACACAGUUUCAGGCUACGAUUGGGUGCCAAUGGUCCUGUUCUGACGCAUCGACUCACUGCUCUGUCACCAGCUAUGGCUUUCAUAUUUUUUUAUUACAUUUGCUGCAGGCACUGUGUGCACUGCAUCUUAUGUCACGUACGGACUUGGGUCAGUUAGUAAUUGCAAAUAUCUUUAAUUUAGAAUUUAAUUCAAAAUACCCUUCUGUGAGUAUCAAGACAAUGAAGGAAACCAUAUACCAUCAUUCAUUAUAUAUAUAUAGAUAUACAAUUCAUCCUAAAAUGGUACUUAUGCAUCUAUUGUCUCAAAGUACUAGUUGGUUUAGGAUGUACCGAACAGCAUUUUUUCUUCUUCUUUUUUUUCACCACUUCGCUCUGUAUCUGUAUAGUUAUGGUUGUCACGUUUUAAGAUUCUCGCCCGGCAUGGUCGAGUCCCACGUCUUCCCUGAGCUAUAGAGGAAAUAACUUGAGCUUUACGAUCCUAACAACUCAGCCAACACACAGUAUAUUCUACAUACAAUAUAAUCUAUAAGGUUAUCACUGAUAUAUUGACAAGUUAUGCUCAUAAAAAGUGUAAAAACAAUUAUAUAACUAUCAUUUCUUUGGCAGUUUUAAAGCCUUUUCUAUGUGCAAUAAAGUUGGCUAUUGCGAGUUGUAAGAAAGUGGUCACAUUCAUAACAAUCUAUAGCUCUGCUAAUUAUAAGUAGAGUAUUAAUGUCUUCACUGUAGCACUCUAUGGGCUUUGCUGAAACUUUUGGUGGUGAAUCACCCGACCAUCUUGCAGGACUCGAGUACCAGCGGUUGCUAAGAAUGAGCUCAGAACUAUCUCUGUGUAUACUACCUAAAAUGGAAGUAUUUUAUUACUUGUAAGUCACACAUUACUGCCGCACUGUCGACCUACACUGUAGUAUUGUGUUUCAAUACCUCUCAGAAACUGAUACAGGGUCACUGAGCCGCACUGGUUUACAAAUAUCUGCUGUAUGUGUUUAAAUAACUUGAAUCAAUUAACUUCAAUGAAUAACUUGCAAAGUUUGUCUCAUAAAAUCUGUGAAUUUACUGUCAUUUUCAAAAGAGAUUAGUAUAAUAAAUAUAUACACAGUACAUCAGCUUCUAUGAUAAGAUUGGACACGAGAAUGGACAUAUUUGAACAGAAAUACCAAUACAUUGGUAAACUAUAAAGAUACUGUACACAUGUGUUGAGGUAUGUGUUCCCUUUUUUACCCCCUUAAAGCGUCAUACAUGUUCACAAGUAACCACUGUGUUCAAUCAUCUAAUCCUGUUGUGCAGUUCCACCCCAGAUUGAACUGUUUUGCCAGAUAUUAUAAUCUUUAUAUUUACAUAUUGUGUGGUCAGUUGUCUGAUGGUUUAAAAUAUUCUUGUCCCCAUGCUCACUACUAAGUAAACAAUUCUUUCCCUUUUCUGCCAAAGUGUGUUUGAGUCAAUCUAGUUCUGCUCUGACUGAGAAACGUGUAAAUGCUGUUUCUCCUCCGUGUGUUUUUCAUUUGUGUUACUGCGGUCGUCAUUGAGACGAUGAUGCACCGUGUCAAAAACUAAAUUAAUUAGUGUUUGCUUCAAACUUCAUUCUUGACCAGCAGUUUAGAAAUAUAUGUCAAAACAAGGUCCAUUUAGUAGCUGUUUUUGGAGCUUUCAAUCACAUCACAUGCUCUUCAUCAGCACUUGGAUUUUGCCCAUGUUGUCUUUGAAUUGGAUGUGUGCAGAUAGCUUCUGAUAGCUACAUGCUAGCUACCUUAAGACUAAUCUCUUAUGGUAAACUAAUCUUAUCGUUAACAAUUAUCAUAUACAUUUUUAAUGAAGCCCUUCAAUGAUGAAUUCCAAAAUGAAUACUGGUACUGGUGAGUUAUUAGAGAUGUUUGCCAUCUGGCUUUUUGACUGUACAUUUCUGUUCCAACCUCUGAGCACUGUGAGCAAUAAAAUAAAUGUUUU